UCUAAAAAAUUGAAAUCAAAACCUAUUAAAACACUUGAAGAAGAAGAGAAUGGAACGAAGACGAAAAUACCCCGUAUCCUGAAUUGGGCGGUGAUGCUAAUUAUAACUGCAGUCAUGGUGUUUGAUAGAUAUUUUACAGAAGCUGUGAUGCCAUUAAUUGAAGAAGAAUACGGCAUUGAUAUAAAGAAGACUGCACUUGUAGAUGGACUAUUUGCUCUUGGCUUCACCAUUCUGGCUAUAAGUCCUGUCUUUAGAUAUUUUGGAGAUUGGUUAAGCCAGAAGACUAUAAUGUGUAUAGGGAUGACACUUUGGACCCUGCUCACUUUUACCUUCUGUUUUGUACCCAAGCAGUGGUUCUGGCUCAUCCUACUUCUGCGAGGAUUACUGGACAUAAUAGCAGAUUUUUUCUUAAGCUGUGCUUUACCACUGAUUGGACACAUGUUCUCAGCGUCCAAUCGAAGACUCGCCAUAUUUGGAUCUCAGCUGUGUAGCUUUCUUUUCAGGCUAAUAGCGAUCUGCAUAGCAGCAUUAGUGGCCAACCAAUUCUCCUGGCACGUGGCACGACUGAUAGCGCCGUGCCUUGGAGUCAUUUGUUUGAGCCUACUACUGGUAUUUAUGAAGGACCCAUCUGGAGGCAACACGGAAGAAGAGGAUGAAGAUGAUGAACCUCAAGUGGAAUGUUCCCCCUUUUCCCGUAUGAAGCCUCUGCUGACGUGAGUAUCUCUUUAUCUUUAGGCAAAAGGAGCUGACGAUCUAGUCCCUCUGACAUGUUUAGUUUAGCAAAUACAAAAGCAUUCAUGUUAUGUGGGAUUGCAAUGAUUAAUGUCACAAGAAGCCAAAGUAAAUAAAUUGAAGCUACAGAAUUUCCAUGAAACAUUUGCGCAUUGUCUAUAUCUGAAUAAGCUGUAUUAUGUCUGCACUGAAUGGGUGGGCAUUCAGAUUUAUGUGACAAUAAAAAUGUCUUCCAUUGGGGAACAUUAAAGCAAAUA